CUCUGAUUGCUCAACGAUCGUCGUUCUUUCGCGAGUUGCUCGCUUCAUCAUAUGCGCUUCAACCGAUGGCCACAGGCCUUUCUGUCGAAUUGUGUCCCACCAUUAACCCAACCCCGGUCUAACUCCUGUGCCUCGCAAGCGCGAUCGCUAGCAAUGGAAAAGCCACCAUACGUCUGCGAAAUCGAUGCAGAACCGAUCCACCGAUAUCAAAUCGGCGGCUACCAUCCCGUACAUUUGGGCGAUGUGAUGCAUGAAGGUCGAUAUCGGGUGAUUCAUAAACUCGGGUGGGGCGGCUGGUCUACAGUCUGGGCGGCCAGAGAUCUGAAGACCGAACGAUACGUUGCUUUGCAGAUAGCCGCUGCUGAUUCUGUUGAUGAGACGCGCGAGAUGAAGAUACUGAGGAGUCUACAGACAAGCCUCCCGGCAUCACCCCAUCUAAUCCAAAUGCUCGAUAAUUUCCAAUGCGAAGGACCAAAUGGGCGCCAUAACUGUCUUGUUCUGGAACUUCUAGGCCCAAGUGUUGCAAAUCUAGUAAGAGACAAAUGCGUGGGUGAUCGACUUCCUGGUAGAUUGGCCAAACGUUUUGCGAGGAGUGCUCUCGAGGGCCUCGCAGCUCUGCAUCAGGAGGGAAUAGCGCACGGGGAUAUCCAUAUCGGGAACCUGGCACUGAGCCUGCCAAUGCUCGAGUUCGUUAACGAAGAGGAAUUCAUGCUCAAAAUGGGUAAAACCGAAGUGAGCAAAAUCCAGCGAAGGGACGGGCGAGAGAAAGGCAUACACGUCCCCGAGUACAUCGUUCGCCCGACCACGUUUCCCAUUAAGAUUUCCGAGUAUUCUGGAACUAUCAAGCUUGUGGACUUCGGCGAAUCGUUCCGCAACGAUGCUCCACUAAGCUCUUUACACACACCGCUUCCUGUUCGAGCUCCGGAAGUUAUCUUUGGAGAUGAUUUGACGACAAGCGUAGACCUUUGGUCAGCAGCCUGCAUGAUCUAUGAACUCGUGGUUGGUCAACCACCUUUCGAUACAUUCAUGCAGACCAAGCCUACACUAGUCGGUGAGAUGAUCGGAAUGGCGAGCGAUAAACUUCCUGAUCGUUGGCAACCCCUGUGGCAAUCGAUGAGGACUUCCGCGGCUCACAAUGACGACGAUGACAUCUCGCUAGAGACUUGGCUCGAGGAAUCGUAUUUCGAUGGGCAACGCCCGGUCGAUCUUACCAAGAACGAAAUCGUGCAGUUCUGCAAAAUUGUGCGCAGACUACUCCUCUUUGAACCAUCUUCAAGGGCAUCAGCCGCCGAGAUCGCACAGGAUCCAUGGUUCGAUGCAGAUUAACGGAACGCCCAAGAUUGUCUCCCUCACUUCUCUUUGCCACACUUCGUAUAGAAAGAUCAUACACUCUUCGCGUACUCAGCGUGUGUGAAUACUCUGGCUUUGUCAGCUCUCGCAAAAGAAGGGAGCAAGAUCGUCUCGACUUCGCUGGCAGGCUAUGCUUCUCGCUUCUCGUUGCCA